AUGAAGACAGAGUAUCGGUCGUUUGAAGUAGUCGCCAGCUUCCUUCAUCUUUUGUUACACACUUUAGCAGUUGGUGGUCUUGUAAUCAGAGAAGAACCAGUAGAUACAGUUAUCACACAAGUUGGUCACAUACGUACUGCUACUCUCUACUGCAAGACAAACUCUCAAGAUAAUUCGACAAUCACUACUUGGUACAAAGAUGACGUCAACGUAGAAGAUGAAAGUUCACCUUUCUAUAACCUAGCGAAAGAAAGUCUUGUGGUUCAAACUACGGAUAUCAAUGAUCCCGGAGAAAUUCUAGAAGGAUUGUAUUAUUGUGUGAUCAACAACGGAACGGUAGCGGUCAGAAGCGAGAGCUCGUACAUUAGAGGAGCACAUUCUGUCAUAUUUGAUCCUCCAAAGAAUCCAUUCUUUUCGACACAAGCAACAGUUGUAGUGGCUCAAAGUGGUUACCUACAACUACCAAUACCGGACAACAGACCUUUCUGUCGCUCAUCAACAACCGCAGCUACAUCUCCAUCGAUGCCACAAUCUACUGACUACGUGACUACGUCACAGUCAACUCCUCAAUCAUCAAGUACGUCAAUUAGCUCCUCAUAUUCGUAUCAACCUACGAAUGCAACAUCUCAUAAUGUGCAAUCUAAAUCUGAAACAAAGUCUUCUAAAGUUACUAGUGCUCCAGUUACCGUCACACAAGCUAAUGCGUCAUUAGUGUCUUUAUCCAGUAGUUCUUUAAAUCUCAACCUUCCUACCACUUUAACACCACGCACCAGCUUGUCUUCUCAACGAUCAGAGCUUAUACCAACGACAUCAACCGUUUUGUCAACGUCUCAAACCGUAUCACCUCCAUCCCAUCAUACAAACACUCCUUCCUCAUCAGGUGCAGCCAAUCCCCCUAUUGGAAAAGUGACAAGUGCAGCGACUAGUGGAGACGCAAGUGAAAGUACAACUAGGCAAGCAACAAAAUCAAAGACACCAACGCCUACAAAUGAGUCUGACGGUCUACCAAUUGCAGUAGUUGCUGGUGGAACGGUAGGUGGAGUCGUCGUCCUCAUUGUCUUUCUAAUCAUUAUCAUCGUCACUUGUUAUCGACGUUUUGCACUCGAUGAAGAUAAGCAACGGUCUCCAGUAGCAAGUGCUACCACAAUCAACAAUUCCAUCUACUGGACAGCAACAACAAAUAGAGAAAGACUGAAACAAAGUCAUGUUGACAGCAGUGGACAAACAGCUGCGUCCUCCUCGUACGAAAAUGUUAACAAACCGACGGCUAUUGUUUCACUCGUGCAACGCUCCACUGUGGCAGGAGAGGACGGUAUAAGAAAAAAAGAUCAGUAUGAUGUGUUGGACCGAAAAAUGGAAGAUGAAGUGAUUGUUACAAAACAUGACAGUCUAGACGAACGUUACUCAACGCUAGAAAACAGCAAAUACAGUGUGUGUGACCGAAAGACGGAUGAAAUUCCUGUUACAACAGAAGGCGUUCCAUUAGAGGGUUACUCUGUAGUUAAGCAAAUGUCGGACAAGAGGCAGAAGAAUGCUGAUAGCAGUCGCUCAAAUGAAGCUUACGCACUCGUUGGCAGUGCAAACAAUCCUUCAUCAAAUGUCCAAACACAAAACGAUCUUGAAGAAGAUACCCCGUAUGAGGUACCAGACAAACCGAAACAAGCACUCGCACAACGUUUGUCUACAACAUCUGCAAGUGAACCAUAUGAAGAAGUCGUGCAGUCAGGUAGUACUAAAGAAGAAAAUCCUUAUUCUCUACCGAGUGAGCACAAAGCUAAGGCUCGUAAGGAUACCGUGUCACCAAAAACGGAGUAUUCCUACGCCAAGCCUGAUUCCAAACGAGCAACGACGGUCGAGAGUGACCGCUUAGUGAUAGGAGAGGUCACAACAACAAACAAAGACGAUGAAGAAAUGCCACAAGGAAAUAGUGAAAAUCCCUACACUGCACCAGAUGAAGUAAAGCCCAAGAACGCCAGAAGUGUUACACUCCCCAGUGAGUACUCCUAUGCGAGGCCCAACGUCAAGAGAGAAAUGGAGAUAUCAGGUGACCGUUUGGUGUCCGGAGCAGCAGCAAUGACGGCACAACAAGACGACAUAGACAGCAAACCAAAUGACGAGAACGAUGAGAAUCCAUACGCUCUACCAGAUAAGAAGAAAACACAAGGACGACUCGCAAUGCUCCUCCAUCACUUCCCCUACCAAAUGCACAAGAUUCUCGCACCCAACCAGAACAAUACGAUCAGUCUAACGCAGACAGAUCUGCUGUUGGUGACAGUGAUUAGAUAUGCUGUAUCGAGCAAGCUGCCAUCAGGAAGUCCAAAAUCAAACCGAAAACCUGCAGUCGCAUCCAAACCAAAGCAUUACCAGACGGAAGGGACCGAAUAUACUGCAUCCGCAAAGUCUCGAUCUUUGCCUCGAGAUGCGAUGAAUGCAACUGCUUCAUCGGUUCAAAAGAAAGGAAACAAUUGUAUCAGACUGAUCAACACAAAGGCUGAUAUACCUAGAGCAGAGGUGAUACACAGUAAAGGUGAUAUAAUAUGA